AUGAUUGGUAUUCCUGUCAAUCCAAAUUCAGUUUAUAUUCCCAUAGUACAAACUGGAUGUUUAAAAUUCGAAUUCGAUUCGACUUAUCCAGUUCAUUUAAAUGGCAUCAUAAGUCAAGGUGAAUAUAACGAAUCUAUUCAAAGAAUCAAUCGAUCCAUAUCAUCGACUCGACUCUUAUGGUUAAUCAGUCUUAUUUUUAUCAUUACUAUGAUAGUUGGCGUUAUAUUGUUCAUUGUUGGUGGUGUCACUGCAACUCAUUAUUAUCCAUAUAGAUUUCCACCAAUGAUCGCGAUUGGUAUGGCUUUAACGGUACUUGGAUCAUUCAUUUUUGGAAUUGGAUGCUGCAGCAUACAAUUUCGACGAUUAAAUAAAAUGCGACGAGCUGUGGCCGACGAAUCAAGAAAAUAUUCAUCACAUUCACAAACACCAUGCAGUUGGAGAUUGGAUACAACGACUACUUAUACUGGAUAUUAUGGAAAUCAACAUAGACAUCAGGUCACUUAUCAUAUCGUCAUCGAUAUUGGUCGUUCUGUCGAUCCCAACAGCGUGGUGUAUUUUCAUAAUCAGGUCGCUCCCGAUCCAACGACAGUUUUCAGUGGACCAAACACCUAUGCACCUCCGCCCUAUUCAGGACAACCGAAUAGUUAUUGUCCGCAAUGUAAUACAUUACGAAGAGAUUUAACUGGUCGAUUUUGUUCAUCAUGCGGUUACUCCUUUCAUAAAUACUAA